UCCUCACAUCAGUGUGACGGGCACGCGCCGCGGUUCGUUAACAAAGUGAAGAGAACUUAGUCUGGAGGACAGUUCUGGAGUUCGGGUUCGGGAGGACGGGUUCGGGUGAAAGAACAGUCUGGGACUCACUGUGUGCUGUGUUCCGGCAGUGGGAUGAGUCCAUGAGGACCAGAGACCCGGAUCAGUGAGACCAGAGACCCGGAGAUCAUGGCGGAGGGUCCCCGCUUCAAGAGGCGCAAACAGGCCAACCCCCGCAGGAAGAUCCACGUCUUAAACUAUGACAGCGUGUUGGAGACACCUUCAGAGACAGAUGAGGACGACAGGACACAAGUCUGUGAUGAGCCCAGCUUCACAGCAAGAGGAAGUGAGGACGGGGGGGAUUUUGAAGAAGCAGACAGCCCUACUGGUGGACCACCUCCGGAGGCAUUGUCCCAAGAGACUCAUGUCCUGCUGUCCCCCCAGGAGUGCUGUGAGGACGAUGGAUGUCUUGAUAACAGCAGUUGUGACAAUGACACUGCAGGUCCAGAGCCGUCUCAGCAGGAUGUUGGACCAAGUGCAGAGGGUCAGAUGGACAGAAUCCAUGAGCUGGAUGACUACUACCUGGAGCGUAAACUGGAGGAGGGUGUUGGUCAUCCAGAAACCAUUGUUGAAUAUCUGCAGUGCAGCAACACAGCCAUCAUUUACCCAGAAGCCCCGGAGGAGGCAACAAGACUGAGCACGCCUGAGGCCACUGGUCAAGAUGAGGGGGAGCAUGACCUGCCGCUCAGCACCACAGAUGACUUUGCUCAGCUGCUGACGUGUCCCUACUGUGAGCGAGGGUACAAGCGUCUGACGUCGCUGAAAGAACACAUCAGGUAUCGCCAUGAGAAGAUGGAGGAGAGCUUUACCUGCCCACUCUGCAGCGACGCCUUCGUGCAGCGAGCUCAGCUGGAGCGUCACAUGACCUCUCACAAGUCUGCCUCGGACCAGCCUCCGCUGCUCAGUGAAGGAGCUGCAAACCGCAAGUUCAAGUGCAGCGAGUGUGGAAAAGCCUUCAAGUACAAGCACCACCUGAAGGAGCAUCUUCGUAUUCACAGUGGUGAGAAACCGUACGAAUGUUCCAACUGCAAGAAGCGCUUCUCUCACUCCGGAUCCUACAGUUCUCACAUCAGCAGUAAGAAAUGCAUCGGUCUGGUUGCUCUUAAUGGACGAAUGUGUAAUGGAAACAAGGCUGGCUCUUCCCCUAACUCCACAACUUCCUCACGUGAAAGCCCCGCCCUUGCUCAUUUUCGGCACAAACUAGAAAAUGAGCGACCACUUGGCCCAUCAGAUCAGCCAGGAUUGCUGGACAUCAAAGCUGAGCCAAUGGACUUUAAUGAGUAUCGGCUGCUGACAGCUUCACAACAUGGGUUUGGGGGACCAGUGGUCUACCUGAACGGUCAAAGCAGAAGUCCCAUGGGCAUCCAUAGCUCCUCUCAGACCACCCUUCAAAAUCUGGGAGGCAGGGGACUUGACCUAUCUUUUCUGGGCUAUACAGGACCUAUUGGGAACAGCCUGAGUGAGGUCCAGAAGGUACUUCACAUUGUGGACAAUACUGUGUAUAGACAGAAGAUGGAUAGUAAUCCAGAGGAAAUAUCCAAGCUCAGAGCGUACAUUAAGGAGCUAGGGGCCCAAAUGGAGGCCCAGGCUAGUUUUCAUAUGAUGGGCCAGUGCAGCUCCACUAAGAGCAUCAUUGACUACACACUGGAGAAAGUCAAUGAUGCCAAGAACCUGAUCAAUGAAUCCAAGAUGCAAAAGGAUGUGAAAAAAGAGAAAUCAGUUGAUUUCAUCAGUGAACACAAGUCCUCUGAUGAACAGAAUCACCUCCUUCCAUUUUCUUGCCAAUACUGCAAGGAGACCUUUCCUGGACCCAUCCCACUUCACCAACAUGAGCGCUACCUGUGCAGAAUGAACGAGGAGAUCAAAACGGUCCUGCAGCCAGUCGAAAGCAGUUCUGCCAGUUGCAGAGGGCUCAUGGCAGAUGAACUAUCCUCUACUGAGAGGGCAACUAGUCCCACUAACUUGUUCAAGGACCACAUGUCUGUGCUGAAUGCCUAUUUCUCCAUGAACAUGGAACCUAACUCAGAGGAACUGCUCAAGAUAUCACUAGCUGUCGGCCUUCCUCAGGAGUUUGUCAAAGAAUGGUUUGUCAAGUCAAAGAGUCAGAACCAACUAAUGGACAGUUUCAGGACAAAGCUGCCCCUUAGUGACCACUGUGGACUAUACCACAGCGUAAGCCAAUCUCCUGUGUCAUUUCCUGCCAUAAAUUUACAUGAUGGCAUCACUAACAGUAAUUCUACACACAGACUUACAAAGCCCAACCAGUUAUCAGCAAACAAGCAAACAACAGGGGAAGAACCACUAGACCCCACAGAGUCAUUGAAGAACAAUACUCUGUCACCCUUAAACCUUUCAUCCACCUCGUAUAAAAACUCCCAGAGUACCUCUUACACUCCAAACAGCAUGGAGGCCAAUGGAGAUAUACCUUUAGAUUUGUCUCUGCCCAAACACAUGGCACAGAAGAGACUCAGAACCAAUGGUUUCAUCAAUGAACACAAAGGGGAACUGUCAGAACACCAACAAGGGUCCAGGCCUUUAGAACUUGUUAACAUCAAGAAGGAGGUUGUAGGUUCUGAUGGGGAAAGGAACUCCAUCCAUCAGCUGGGAAAAACCUCCAGCCCCAUCUUUGGGAUGAAUCCAUUUGCUGCURGCCCUGUCUACACAUCCCUAUCACCUCACAGAGCUUUUCCUCCACCUGCUUUCAUAAAUCCUUCUCAGGCUGCCAUCCCAGGUCUUAGGCCUUACCCAGGCCUAGACCCUAUGAGCUUCUUGCCCCACAUGGCCUAUACCUAUUCCACAGGAGCUACAUUUGCCGAAAUGCAGCAGAGGAGAAAGUACCAGCGCAAAUCAAGUUUUCAGGGGGGUCUGUUGGACGGGACCAUGGACUCUCUGUCAGAUAGCGACUCUCUGCUCUCCAGGAAGAAGAUUAAGAAGACUGAAAGUGGUACGUACGCCUGUGACUUGUGCGACAAAACAUUCCAGAAGACCAGUUCCCUCCUAAGACACAAAUAUGAGCAUACAGGUAAACGUCCACAUCAGUGUCAGAUCUGUAAGAAGGCCUUCAAACACAAACACCACCUGAUCGAGCACUCACGCCUGCAUUCUGGAGAGAAACCGUACCAGUGUGACAAGUGUGGCAAACGCUUCUCUCAUUCAGGAUCGUACUCGCAGCACAUGAAUCACCGCUACUCGUACUGCAAGAGGGAGGCAGAGGAGCGCGAAGCAGCCCACAGGGAGGCUGGAGACCAGGGAGGUCUGGAGUCCACCAAGCUGCUGAUGAGGAGAGCCUACCUGCAGGGGCUGGAGCCCCUGGGAUAUUCAGAUCCUGAGGACCAGCCAGAGGGUCGCAGUGGUACAAUCUUGAGGGGAGGAGGAGAGGGAGGAGGACAGGUGGAGAUGGAGGUGGACAGUAAGAUGUUCGAGGAGGUGACAAACAGAGAGGAAGCAAGUUUCAGGAGAUCAGAGGAAGAUGGUGAUGAUGACGAUGAGGAGGAGGAGGAGAGUGACAGCAGGAGCCAGUCAGUGAUGGAUGAGGAGGGCCAAGACUUGACACAGCUAAUGGACCAACGUUCAGGAGAAGAAAAGACAGAUGGCAGGUCGGACCAGGAGGACUGAUGGAGAACAGAUGAAGAACAUUUUGAUCAGUUUCUGCUUCAUGAUGGACUAAAUGAUAGAAGAUCCUGGGUUUACACUUUACAGGUGUGUUUAACUGACCCUCCUGUUACCUGGACCAGACCUUAUAGGAUCUAUGUUCAUCUGAAGAAACAAAGCCAGAGUUGGAAAAGAACACCUAGAUGUUCUUCAGACUGCACUAAUGACAAGAAGAGAAAACAGUUCCAUGUGGAGCUCAGGGCUAUCAGCUUCUGUUUGGGAUUGAUUUUUUUACUUUCAGGUUUUUCACAACACGAUGUGUACGUCUCCAUUCUGUCAUCAAAGAUGUUUGUAACCUGCUGGAAGUGGAGAAACCUCAAACUUUUACCUUUAGUUUCCCUGUUAGUUUCAUUGUUUGCUUGCUUCAAACUUCCUGAAACACAAGACGUCUGUUCUUGUGAAGAAGUUGGUCUCUGGUAUCAAGAAAAGCACUAAUUGCAAAUUUGUCACAUAGAGACAGCCAUAUUUUCUGACAGAUGUUUUUAAAAAAACAAAAGGUUGGAGCAAACAAUCCAAACUAGACUGCAGUUUAUUUCAUCCACCUGUGAAAACUUGUUUUUUCUGUUGGCUUUGUGUUUCUGUCCUGAACAGAUCUGUCAGACUGACCCUGACAGGUCAAAGGUCACUGAUGUUUGAAGUUAAUAAUGUUAAUAAUGUGAUUAAUUCACUGGAGCACGUUUUUUAUUCUUAUCAGUGUUAAAAUGAUGGAUGCUUUAAAAAGUCAAMCACUUUAAACCUGAUAAAGCUGACCCCUCUGUCUCUGAGCCAGUUGCAGGAGGUUUUGACGGACCGGGUCAAACUCACUUUAUGCAAAACAAGAAAAGAGGAGAAAACUUUUUAAUGUAAUAAAUGAAGAGAAACUCUGUAAUGGACUGUA